AUGUCCAAAGAAAAUAGCGCAGAUGUAGAAUCCGUUGAUGUUAUUAAGGAUUAUUGUUCAUCAAAAAUGAAGUUCAAAACUUACAGUCUCAAAUGGACCAUUAAUAAUUAUGAUUUUGUUAGUAAAACCGUAAAAUUACUUAAAUCGUCUGAAUUUCCCUUUAAAGGAAAAGAAACAGAAAAAUGGUACAUUGAAUUUAAACCUCCGGAAAUAAGCGAGACCAAUGAAAACAAAUUUUGUAUUAGAGUAAAGAAAAAAGAGAAUGGGCAAUCUUACGUAUGUGGUUCGAUAUCAUUCAUUGGUUCUUCUGGAAAAAUUUAUUGUCCAGACGAUUAUAAAGGUUUAUGCAAUAGCUUUUAUUGGAAGACUAUAACUGGUAAACUUCUCAACAAAAACUUGCUGUGGAAUGAAACGCCAGGAAAGACCUUAAUAAUUCUUUGUGAAAUUCUCGUUCUCGAUACCACUGAAAAUUAUUUGUACCAGGAAAUAUCGAUUAAGCCUUUCACCUCUGAAGAUUUCUCUCAAGAAAUGUCAAAAUUCUACCUCAACGACCAAACCUUCCAAGACGUCACCAUUUUUGUUCAGGAGAAGGAAUUUAAAGCUCACAAAGUUAUUCUUGCCGCGCGCAGUCAAUUUUUUGCCGCGAUGUUUUUACAUGAGAUGAGUGAGACAAUUAAGGUCUGCAAAGCGACUUUGGAUUUAUAA